AUGGCUCGGCACAAACUGAAAACUUCAUCCGAUCGUCAGACGAGCGCGGAGGGUAAACCAAGCCCAGGUGUGAGGUCAAGUUUGCUUUUCGUUUGCCUACGAAGCUGCGCAGUUAUCUUGCUGCUGCUGGCGGGCAUUGCUUGCGGGAGCAUGUUCCUGUCUUCAUCGGGGGCCACUCAUGCAGCAUCGGUGGAUUCCCCGCGUGGUCCGCCUGACCAAACAUUUGCAGACACUGCUGUCCCUUUGGUGCGGCAGUUCAUCAAGUCCCGAUACAAAGACUACGGGAAGGGCACUGUAACUCUACGUCAUUUGAAGGAGCACAUCGUGGCAAACACCAACAUCGGCCUCACAUACGAGGACUUGAGGGAUGAUCGCUACUCUUCCGUGAUCGAGGAUGAAGUUGAUGCGAUUGUAGCAAGGUGCGACGGGGGCAAGAAGCCCGUCGCGUGUCUGGACUCGGCUAAGCCAUCGAUCGAGCUGUGA